CUGGCAUAUUCUGGCGUAAUCGCUAACACGCGUGCUGUCUGCUCCCGCAGAAGGAGGGGGGAGGGGGGGGACCUCGGUCGUCGCUAUGAGCCUCAUCAUCUCCUUCAUCCUUGGUCAUUGCCGUAUUGCAAGCCGUAUCUAGCUUCUCCUCAACGAUACAACAUGGACGAUUUCGAAACUUUAGACCCAACCUUGCAGAACGUGCUCGAUCAGAAGAGCUUGAAGUGGAUCUUCUGUGGUGGAAAGGGUGGUGUCGGUAAAACGACCACCUCGUGCUCCUUGGCUGUCCAGCUUGCAGCAUGCCGCGAAUCGGUCCUCUUGAUCUCUACGGAUCCUGCUCAUAACUUGUCCGAUGCCUUCGGUCAAAAGUUUGGCAAAGACGCCACCUUGGUGAAUGGGUUCACAAACCUUUCGGCCAUGGAGAUUGACCCCAACUCUAGUAUCCAGGAAAUGGUCGAGGCUUCUGACUCGCAAGGGGGUGGCAUGGGCGGCAUGAUGCAGGACCUAGCAUUCGCCAUUCCCGGUGUCGAUGAGGCUAUGGGUUUCGCCGAAAUCAUGAAGCACGUUCAGUCGAUGGAGUUCUCGUGCAUCGUCUUCGAUACCGCUCCUACCGGCCACACGCUUCGAUUCCUCUCGUUCCCGUCAGUCCUUGAGAAGGCCCUUGGCAAGCUCAGCGCAUUGGGCGGCAAGUUUGGUCCCAUGAUUCAGCAAAUGAGCUCAAUGUUAGGUGGUGGUGCUCAAGAGGACAUGUUUGCGAAACUCGAUUCAAUGAGAGCCAUCAUUACCGAGGUUAACACUCAGUUCAAGGACCCUGACAAGACCACCUUUAUCUGUGUCUGCAUCUCCGAGUUCUUGUCGCUCUAUGAGACCGAGCGAUUGAUCCAGGAGCUGACGCAAUACGAGAUCGACACCCACAACAUUGUCGUCAACCAAUUGAUCUUCCCCAAGAAGGAUUCCAAUUGCGAACAAUGUGGAGUUCGACACAAGAUGCAGCAGAAGUACCUGAAUGAGGCUCACGAGUUGUACGACGACGGCUUCCACAUUGUGCAAUUGCCUCUAUUGACUGAAGAGGUACGAGGUGUCGAGAAGCUCAAAGAGUUCAGCAAAAUGCUCAUGCAGCCUUAUAAACCCGCCGAUGCAUGAUCACGAAGUCGUUUUGUACAUCUCUUUCCUGUUCCUGGUUAUUCAUCAUCACAUCCCAAAGACU